AUGAGACACACAAUUAAAUUUGUCGGUGGCCCCCACCCUAUCCCUAAACAGCCACACGCAGCAAAGAUCCACCCAUUGGCUCCAGAAGGUCUAAUCCCUGGAUCUGUCGGUUCAUCUUCUGGAUCACACAGUUCUACACAGACAAGAAGCUAUCAUAAUUCUAACCCUAUACAACCAAAGGAAGGAGAGUUUUUCUCAAGAAGUGAGUUGCCACAAAGAUUCAGAUACAAGCCUAUCAAAGAUUUUGAAAUUGAUAAUGUGCAAAGUGGUGGUGCUGACAUUAUUUAUUGA